CCGGCAAGUUGUAUUUUUUUAAACUUUUUGAUUUUGGUUAAAUAAAUAUCUAUAAUUGAAAAUGGCGAGCUUAUUCAAUCAAUUUAUGAAAACUGCAAAAAUAAAUCCUGCGAUAUUUUCAAAGUCUGCAUUGGUUUUUCCAACCAAUUGUAAUACCAUCAAUAGAGGAUAUAAACACUGGAAUCCAAAAUUUAAGAAAUUAAGAGCUCAGAAGAUUAUCAAGGUUGAACUUCCUGAUCCUGAUAUCAUGAAUAAGUCUCCUGAGGAAUUGACAAAGGAACAAAUUAAAAAACAAAUGAAAGAAAGAGGCAUAUUACCGUCUCGUCCUUGGAACGAAAAACCAGUUUAUAUCAGUUGUACUGGUGGAAUAUUUGAACCUUACGUUCCUCCAGAAGGUGAUGGGAAAGUCUCUGCCAUUACAACUCAAGGUGCUAAACAAAAGUUGGAAUUUAUUGAAAAGAAAAGCAAAUCUAUGAUGGCUAUACGUAAAAUUAGAAGUUUUGAAGAGGAUUUUGAUAUACCUGAAUUUAUUAAUGAAGCUCAGCAGAUCUAUAUAAAUUCUUAUUCUGCUAUGAUAAACAAAGACAGAGACAAGUUAAUCCAGAAUAUUACAGAGAGAGCGUAUCCUGAAGUGGUCAGCAAUAUUGCUGAUAAAACUAUACAUUGGGAAUUUUUGGAAUCUAUCGAGCGUCCCAGAAUUGUCCAUGUUAGAUGUACAGAUGUAAUUACUAAAGAAAAUAUCUUUAGUCAAAUAACAAUUAGAUUUCACUCAAAACAGAAAUUAGCUGUAUAUGAUAGGUUUGGCCGUUUAAUGCACGGAAGUGAAACACUGCCUAAAGAUGUUUUAGAGUAUGUUGUCUUUGAAAAACAUCUAUCAAAUAAGUAUGGACGUUGGAGGAUUCAUGACAAGGUAAUACCUGAUUGGAUGCCCCCAAAAGAACCCUUGAAGAAAACAUAUGCUAUUGAACCUGUACCCCAACAUGAUUCUGUUGAAAAAGCUGUAGCUGUUUAAAAAAAACUGCAUAUUUUAUGUAAUUGUUGUAAAUAUUUAUAUUUAAUUAUAGAUAAAAUACCAUUUUC